GUAUCUUCUCUCAAGAUGUGGAGACUUUUUAUCAGGCAAACAAAUAAGGAAGAUUAUUGAAGAGCUUGUUUGACUUUUAUUGACAAUCCAUGGGUUUUCGAUUAUAAAAAAGCAGGAUCAAGCAUUUGGACGGAUAUAUCUCCGAAGCAUUUACACUAUAUUCCUAACUAAACAUUCACACAAAUACGUUGAUACACGCAGAGUGUAAUUUUUGUGAAUGCAGCAGUGUUCUGGAAAAAUGUGGAACUGCAUUACAGAUUUCUUUACCUAUGAGACGACCAAGUCCGUGGUGGUAAAGAGCUGGACUAUUGGCAUCAUAAACCGUGUCGUCCAACUCCUCAUCAUCACAUACUUCAUUGGCUGGGUGUUUUUGUAUGAGAAAGCAUAUCAAGUGAGAGACACAGCUAUCGAAUCAUCAGUCAUGACUAAAGUGAAAGGCUUUGGAGAGUAGAACAACAACCGGAUCAUGGAUGUAGCCGAUUAUGUCACACCUACUCAAGGGGCAUCAGUGUUCUGCAUCAUCACUAAGCUCAUCACAACAGAAAAUCAAGUUCAAGGACAAUGUCCAGAGAGCGAGUUGAAAUUCAAAUGUGAGAGUGACGGUACUUGUAAGAAGCUUAUGUCAAAACCAUCUAGCAAUGGGUUGCUGACAGGACGAUGUGUGAACUUCAAUGCUACCCACAAAACCUGUGAGAUCAAAGGAUGGUGUCCUGCAGAGAUUGAUGAAAUUCAGCCAAACCCCAUGAUGGAGGUGGAGAACUUUACCAUCUUCAUCAAGAACAGCAUUCGCUUCCCACGUUUUAACUUCACAAAAGGAAACUUUUUGCCCAACAUCAAUAGCUCCUACAUAAAGCAGUGCAAAUUUGACUUUGAGAGUAACAUGUAUUGUCCAAUAUUCAAAGUGGGGGAUGUGAUCCGAUUUGCACAACAGGACUUCACUACUCUUGCUAAAAAAGGGGGAGUGAUAGGGAUAAAAAUAGCAUGGCUGUGUGAUUUAGACAAGGCAGAUGAUGAGUGCAAGCCGGCCUACUCCUUCACUCGCCUGGACGCCAUGUCAGAGAAGACCACUGUGUCUCCAGGAUACAACUUCAGGUACGCAAAGUAUUUUAAAAUGGAGAACGGGACUGAGUAUCGCACUCUGCUGAAAGCCUACGCCAUCAGAUUUGAUGUGCUGGUUAAUGGAGAUGAAAAUUUUGACAUGAUCCCAACUCUAAUCAACAUGGUUGCUGCGUUCACUUCUGUGGUGGGUACAGUGCUUUGUGACAUCAUUCUGCUGAACUUUUUGAAAGGAGCUGACCAAUACAAGGCCAAGAAAUUUGAAGAGGUAUCAGAUUCACAUGUUCAGAGCAGUAAUUCACUGUACAGGAGCAGAGACCACAGCGAGCAUUCAAUCAAAACUGAUGAGAAGUUCUCCAACGACUCCGGAGCAUUUUCCUUCGAACGUUAUAGUUAAUAGUGCUGAUCACAGCACUUCGGGAGGAAUUAAAAAAAAUAUAUAAAAAUAUAUAUAUAUAUAUAUUCAUAGUUCUUCUUUAAUUGCACUUCAUACGAGUAAUAACUAAUAUCAUUUUUUUCCACUAAACUUAGACCCUUCCACAUAAAACAGUCUAGACAGAUAUGCCAAUAUUAUAAAUAAAAAAAGAAAUAUUUAGCCUCCAUAAGCUAUCAAUUUCUGAAGCUGAACUUCCCCUAAUUUUACAUUUGCCUUUAACAUAAGGAAUAUUUUAACUAUAGCUGUGGCCCCAAUCUUAAACAUCUCAAAAUCAAAAUCAAUCGGUCAAAAUGAAUUAUUUGCCUGACUGAUCUAUAUUUUGUAAAUAGUAUUAAAUAGUAAGUAUGUAUGCUCAUAGUGUUUGCAUGGCCAUAACUAGCAAUUAGUUAAUAAUAUUUAAUAAUUCAUGUGAUUGUAUAGUAUACACCCAAAUGUAGCUUUGCAGCUGUAUGUGUUGUUUUUUUAUCUUGUGAUAUUGUUUAUUGUUCAACUAAUUGUGAAAGAAUAUCAGGAAUAUCAAGGAAACAUUGCAUGAUAAAAAAUUUUCUGAGCUAUUAUAUGUUGUUAAUACUUUUUUAUACUACCAGUAAUUCCAUUAAUUUGAUUCUAAACUUUGAUGCAGGUUAUGGGGAGGCUCAGGGCAAUAAAAAAAUAACAUUUACUUGUAAUUUGUAAUAUAAAUAAAAUGUUCUCAUCUUAAUUAGUGAUUUAUGACAGAGAAACAAGACUGACAACAUAUCUGAACAUUCCAUUUAAGAGUAAAAAGUACAUGGUUAACAUUAGAAGGUUAAUAUUACUAAAAGCAUUUGGUUUUCAGUGUGAAGACUGCUGAAUGAGUUACAGUUCAAAUGCAGUAAGAUACGGUAAGAUGGCGGAUUGUGGACUCGGAAGUAAAUGCCCACUGCUUUGAUUGGCGAACAGUUGUGUGUGUUUGACAGCCUAUGUCCUUCAUAGAUGGACGCUGCUGUGAUUUAGGUUAAAAAUGCAUAAAUACUCAUAUUAAACAAUGUUUAACAUA